AUGGGUUAUUUAGACAGUGACAGCAAUUCUGAGAAAGAAUUCUACCUCUCUGGAAGUAGUGAUGAAGAAUACAGUCUUGAAGCUGAAAAAAUCUCAGAGGAAGAUGUCAGAACAGCUAAUGUUAUUUCUGCUGAAGCCGUGACGUGUCUUGUCAUCGACAGAGACUCUUUCAAACAUUUGAUUGGAGGCCUGGAUGAUGUUUCCAAUAAAGCAUAUGAGGAUGCUGAAGCAAAAGCAAAAUAUGAAGCCGAAGCUGCCUUCUUCGCCAACCUGAAGCUGUCUGACUUCAACAUCAUUGACACUCUUGGAGUUGGAGGUUUUGGGAGAGUUGAACUGGUCCAGUUGAAAAGUGAUGAAUCAAAAACCUUUGCAAUGAAGAUACUAAAGAAACGCCACAUAGUAGACACAAGACAGCAGGAACACAUACGCUCAGAAAAACAGAUCAUGCAAGGCGCUCACUCAGAUUUUAUUGUGAGGUUAUAUAGGACAUUUAAGGACAGCAAGUAUUUAUAUAUGUUGAUGGAAGCCUGUUUAGGUGGAGAGCUUUGGACCAUUCUCAGGGACAGAGGUUCAUUUGAAGAUUCUACAACCAGAUUUUACACAGCUUGUGUGGUAGAAGCUUUUGCCUACUUGCAUUCCAAAGGAAUCAUUUAUAGGGACCUCAAGCCAGAAAACCUCAUCUUAGAUCAUCGAGGUUAUGCCAAAUUGGUCGAUUUUGGUUUUGCAAAAAAAAUAGGAUUUGGAAAGAAAACAUGGACUUUUUGUGGAACUCCAGAGUAUGUAGCCCCAGAGAUCAUCCUGAACAAAGGUCAUGACAUUUCAGCAGACUACUGGUCACUGGGAAUCUUAAUGUAUGAGCUCUUGACUGGCAGUCCACCUUUCUCAGGCCCAGAUCCCAUGAAAACAUAUAACAUCAUACUAAGGGGGAUUGACAUGAUUGAAUUUCCAAAGAAGAUUGCCAAAAAUGCUGCUAACUUAAUUAAAAAACUAUGCAGGGACAACCCAUCAGAAAGAUUAGGUAACUUGAAAAAUGGAGUCAAAGAUAUUCAAAAGCACAAGUGGUUUGAAGGCUUUAACUGGGAAGGUUUAAGAAAAGGUACAUUGACACCUCCUAUUAUACCAAGUGUUGCAUCUCCAACUGAUACAAGCAAUUUUGAUAGCUUCCCUGAGGACAACGAUGAACCACCACCUGAUGACAACUCAGGAUGGGACAUAGACUUUUAAUGUUUUUCUCUUACCUGCUUCUGCCUUGCUGAAGACAGCUUCCUGAGACAUGGCUGCCAGCAGACCUGAAGGAUUUGGGAAGGAUUCGUGCUCGGGGUCACCAUGAUGCCUUGAUUGAUGCUGCUACAGUAACUACAGUGGCAUUAGGACUUCUUGCUUAGAUGACAAUAGUGCUCUUCACAUGUUUUCUGUUUGAACUUAACACAGCAGUUGACAUGGUGGUCCUGAAGCAAAACCUUUUUCACCAAUAAUUAAAUGUGUUUUCUAUCAUGGUACUGAACACGCUAUGCUCCAUUGUAAUUUGAAAGUUCAUAGAAUAAGAUGCACAUAAUUCUAGCUGUAAGUUCAUUUUCUUUAUUGCUAAAUAUAUUCCAAACUGUUAAGUACUGUAGCUCAUUCUAUGCUGUAGAAUCUACGGUACAGUAACUGGGGUACUCCCAAACUGCAAGUUGAGUGUAUUGAGCCUCUUAAAGUAGGCCGAUGUGUUAAACCAAGGAGGACCACAAAGCUAUUUGUGAAGGAGCUCAUGUCAAAGCAGUGCUAUAAUUUGUCUUUCUUUUCAAGCAGUAUACAAGACAAGAAUGAAUGUUACCUUUCUCCAUUUUUAGUUCUGAUGCGCUUUUCUUCCCAACUGAUAACAGAAGCACAAUUGCUACAGUUCCUGUUAAACUGUUAAAGCAAGUAUGGGUCAGUCAAUUCUCAUAUCAUAUGUCUGAGAGCGUACUAUAUCUAUCAUUUCUUUUGUGGAUACAGAUACAUAAGAGCAUGUGAAAAAAGUGUUCAUAAAACUAUUCAUUUUACAUAUAUACAAUAACUAUCUUGUAAAAGAAAAAGAAGAAUAUUUAUUCAAAGGUCCUAAAAACAAAAUAACGUUAACCAACAAGUCUAAAAGGCAUUUACACUUAUUCUAAAAUAACAAUUACCUUUGACAGCCCAUUGAAUUUCCAAGAUCCACUGCAUGUUAUAUAGGUGCUAUGUACAUCUUUCAUCUGUGAAAUAAAAUAAUCAAACUUUCACACUCAUUUUUCAGAAAAAAAAUGUAGCAAGAAAUUUCACUAUCAGUUGAAAUUGUGUAUACAUAUAAGUGUGUCUAUUCUUAUGCACACUUAUAUAUGGAUGAUACAUAUACAUAUUUUCAGUGCUACUCUGCGGUACUGCCCUAACUUUGUUUUUCUUUUCUAUUUUCCAAAUCCCACAAAUGUUAUGCUACAUUUAUUUUCUCAAAAGAUUAUUGGCCAAAUUUUCCUUGUAAAACAUAACUCUUACAGAUCUGUCUACAAACAAGGAACAAUGCAAUUGAAAUGGAAUGCUUCAAUAUCCCAUUCAUUUCAAAAGGAGAAUUAAAUUCACACUUAAAUUUCUCCUAUUGAAAUUAACAGGUCUUUAAAUGAGUCCAUCUUAGGUGAAUUACACCUACCAGUUAUGAAUAUUUUAAUGGGUCAGUGCAUAGACCAAUUUGUCCAAACUUGUUGCUCAGAAAUUAUUGGAGUCCAACAUGUUCAGAGGACAGAAGUGUGAGAAAGGCUAUUAUAGAUAGCAAUAGUUUAUGAACUUUCAGAACAAUUUCAGCGAAGACUUCCACUUUUCAGUAUGACUUUGUUAGCAUUUGACAAUAUGCUGCUUAAGUAGUCUUGCAUCUGUGCUAACUUUUUAAAUUAGUUCCCUAAAAAGAAAACAAACAACCACAUUUCCAGAAUGUCCAUUUAUUUUGGAAUUCUCACCAAAGCACCACCAUAGCUUAAUAACUUGCUCUUUCUUUUGAAUCCAGAAGUAUAUUUACAUCUCUGGUUUUGGCAUUAUGGAUUAAUUUAGCUUGCCUCCAAUUACUUUUUCUCCAUAUGUUGCCUAAUACUAUCCUGUUUAUUUACUUUUUCCUUUCCAGCCUUUGAAGCUAUCCUAUUAAUGAGGCCUGAAUUCAGACAAUGUUAUUUACAUAUAUAGUAAUACUAUAAAAUAUAACAAACUCCACUGAACUCAAUGAUAAUCACAUCUGAUUAGAGAUGUACAAGAUUAUAUUUUUCUUUUCCUUUGAAAUUUAUGGGAUUUGAAUCAUGACUAGCUUGUACCACCAUUUUAAAUGGUACCAAAAUUUAGCUAUUUUACAAUGCACUACUGUGUGUGCUUAUACAGAAGUAAAUCCCACUUUGUUCAGCAGGGCUUAUUCUGAAAUAGGUAUGUAUAGGAUUGUUGUCUCAGUCUGGUUCUAAUCCAGUUUGUAUAACAUAGAACUUCCCUGUCAUUGGAUAGGGCUAUAAAAUGAACUUGAAACAAAACACUGGCUGUUGAAUACAUAUCAUUGCACUGGUUUAGCAUUAUAUCUAAACGCAAUUACAUUGUUAAUGUUAGUUUUCCCCAUAAGAGAUGCUUAGAGACUAGUUCAGUUAAAAAAAACAAAAACCCAAAACAUUCACAAAUGAAGCUCAUUGGCUACUUACCGAUUACCCCCAAGUUCUUGAACCAAUCGUUUCAGUGAAAACAGCUCUCUAGUCUAAUACAUUAGAAGAUAAUGUAUGAGUUUGAAGGAGAAAAACAUGGAAAGAGAUUAUCAUCUUCAUAACUUUCUCACAUAUUUGAUACAAACUUGUAGUUUCAUUUUAAGAUAUUUAAUCUUGAAAAACAUACUGUUUCUCUGUUCCUAGUGAUGGCUUCCACCAAAAAUAACAAUAAAGAACCAGCACCAUCCAGGAUUGGUACCAUAUAACAAUGCAAUCCGGGAAAUAGCACUCUGCUUCCAAUGGACAUAGGAUCAGGAAUAGGAAUCCUUGAUGUGGGACUAACAUCCAAUCACAGGUGCAUCCGCCUUAUUGAAAUGAUUCAAGCUUCCAAACCUUAGUAAAGGUACAUCUUCUUUUUAGCUGAGCUUGGUUCCCAGUGAGAGACGUGAUAGUCCAUUAUCAUUUUCUGGGGUUUCUGGGAUAAUUCCGGGAUAAAAACCUUGUCGAACAUAUAGCCUGCCAUUUCAGUUUCAAACUUUACAACCCUGUACUAUAGCACAUCAUGCCCUUCCCUCACACACAGGAAGAGAUACUGUCGGCCAACCUCGCAGAAGCAGGAAUGGCACAGUUUUCGUGAGUAAAGGCCCAAGUCAAGCAGAAAUCAGAAAGCAUGAUGAGAACUAGAAUAACUUAGAAUAACAUGUGGCUGCUCUUGAAGUGUUGAAGAAAGGUCGUAAUCUUUGAUCUCGUCGGUCCAAAUUGAAAUUUAGUCUAUAGAAAAUAAGGGCUCAGGGUUUUUUUUUCCCCUUGUUAAAAUUAACCAGACAAUUUAAUCUCUUGUCGUAUCCAUUACACGAGAUCCCUUUGCAUGAAGGUGCAGGGAAACCUAAACUUCCAGGAUUCAGUCUCAGAGUAUUCCAUUGUCAGCUUAGUCAGACAAUUCUUCACAUUCAUAAGGGUGCCUGUAGCUUGAGUAGAAUAUUCAGUAGAAAUACAGCACCACACCUUAAGUUUCCUAGAAGGACUCAGCUUCAUUUAUGUCAGAUCUAUUUAAUUAUAAUCAAUUUCAUGUUUUUUUCACAAAUGUACAUCAUUGAGAGACAAUAUGAACACUGCACCACUUGUUCAUCACUUCUGCUGCUUGUCAGUCCUGCACAGUUACUUGUACAUAACAAAUCUAACACAAAUAUGUAACUUUAGUAUAUAAACACUGUUGGAAGCAGACAUUUGCUACUAGGGCUAAAACAGCUCCAUAGUCAUUUUGGUCAAGUCAAUUGUUUCUACAUUACAUCUGGGAUCAUUACACAAAGAACGCUCUGCACUUCACCUCUGGCAAGUGACAUGCCUACGUGAAAUCAAUUAAAAUCUAAAAUGUAUUCAUUUCAACUCAUGGAUUUUUCCUAAUAUACAGUAUAUACAUAUAUACAUACAUACAUAUAUAUAUAUAUAUAUUGUUGUCUCCAAUCUAAAUAGUUCCAGUGCUAAUAGGUCAUCCUAAAGCACUCAGCUGAACAGUAGUCACAAGUUUUAAAAUAUUUAUGCAAGAAAAGUUGCAGAAUGAGCGUGGUAUGAAUUAUUAUGCUUGAUUCCUUCCAAUUGUCCUUGAACUGCACUCAAUAAUAUAUAAUUGGUGUGGUGUGCACUUAAUAUAAAUUUAUUUUGUCAUAUGACUCACUUGCAUCUUCUUUACCAAAUGUAUUUUCAAUAACUUAAACUAGCAUAUGUAUAAUAGUAAACCCUGCAUUUAUAAGUAAUAUAUUUUAUUUACAUAUAUAUAAAUAUAAAUAUAUAUCAACAUACAUGUUUAUGUUUCAAUGUACUGUCUUAGUCCACAUGUUACUCCUUCCAUGCAGAUCACACCAAAAAUGGCCUCCCAUGUUGAGUUUUCCAUCCCCAGCAAUAAGAUUAAGUGCUACUCAACACAUGAAUUAGGGCAAUAAUGUUGCAGGUUUCCUGGUUUCACUGAACUUAAUAAGUAAGAAUGGAAAAGAUAACUACACAUUACAGCUGGGAAUGGUAAACUUGUCAUGGCCGCAUUACAUAGACUUGGCCUAGCACAAGUAGUAUGUGGACAACUUAUUAUUUAUGGCUACAGUCCUCAGAUAAACUUACUCAUGAGUAAGACCCAUUGAUUUGAUAGAUUUUGUUCCCCAAUAAUGAAUUUGAGAUUGGGACCUUGCUUCUCCACAAUAAAUGGGGCAACGGCAAUCUGCAUAAAAAUGAGUUUGCUAACAUAUUUAAGACACACUGACUAGAACUGGGUUCUAAAGGUACAGAUGAACUGUAGCUUAUUAGAGUGCUGCAUUCUCCACAGAAAAUUAUUUAAUAAUAGGACCACAGGCAAAUAUUUAUGUAAAUAGAUAUUUUUUCGUGUUGAUAUUUUAUGGUAUACAUAUAGCUUUUUCUUUAGAACUUCAUUGCAUUAUUUUCAUUUUCUUAUUUGUAAGGUAAUGUUUUUAGAUCAACGUAGACUUGAAUUAAUGUCAUAAUUGUCAGUAUUACUGAAGUUUAUGUCAACUGUACCGUUGUCCAUUUGUCCCAUAGUUUAGAACAUCAUCUAGUUAUUUGGCAUUGUUGCAAGUGCCUUAAAUUCAUGGCAUCCUAUUAAAAAAAAAAAUACAAAUUUGGUGUUAUGCUGCAUGACCAAGACAAACACACCUCAAAAUGUUGUCCUUUCUUAGCUUGCUGCGUUUUACAGUUCUUUCGGCUAACAGUUUAUAAGCCUUUACUAUAUAAUAUUGAUGAAUUACAGAAAUGAUGAAGUUGUUCUCUUAUUUCUGUUAUAAAUGUACCAGAGCUGUGUAUCUGUUAAUGAGAUACAGCGUCAUUUCUGUGAAAUGUAUAAAUGUAUGUGCAGGUCAAAUUAAUAUAUGACAUACUAUCAGUCUGUAUACAGGUAUUCCUGUUUUGCUAAGCUGUGCAAAUUUUAAAACUGUAGUGCGGUAAAACUUCGGACAUACCACAUUUUGUAAUCGAUUCCAUAGCAAAAUAAAAAUUCCAGUCAGGCAGAUUAGACAAUAAAAUUGACAUCACAGCAAAACAAAACAAAAAUCCUCUGAUUGGGAAGCCGACGACUGCCAAAAGGAGUGAAUCUUGUUGCACCACUGAACAAAACAGGACCCGUGCUUUCUCUGGGUUGGUUCCAGACCUAGUCGCAUUUAGAGUAAAUCCAUUCACAUCAAUGGGACUUACAGAAGUUGUAACUAAUUUCAUUUUAAUGGUAUACUCUAAGUAGGCUUAAAUCUGAAAUCAACCCUAUGAUUUCAUGUAUAUGCAAACAGUUUCUGAGACACCUUCUCAGUCGUAUAUCUAGAAAGCGAAACACUGAAAGUGUAUUCCUAGUCCUCUUCUCUGUGAACAGUCAGCUCUACAGCCCUGAGACUUUGAUGUUUCAGGCUUUAAUAGCAAAGGGAAAUCGAUUCAGAGUUGCCUACUAAUGUACUUAUUCCAAUGUUAUGAUGUUUUUACACAUGGUGGUUUCCUUUAUAAUCCUAAUGGCUCUUUUUCUUCUUCAUAAGGAUUCUACAUGAAAGAGGAGGAGUUAGUUUUGUUUGUCCAAGGUACACUUUCAUCAAAUGGUCUUUGACCAGUUGCACUCUUUUGAUGUAGACUGAAAAAAAAAAAAAACUUUUUAUCAUGAAGUUAACUGCUUUUGUUUUGCUCUGUAUUUUCCCUGCAGCUGUAAUUGCCGAGUGCCUGUUGUAUACUUUAUAGAGUUGAAAUAAAAAAAUUUACUUUUGAA